AUGCAAAAGCCAACCAAGCAGACAACGCCCAAACCCAACGGCCACUCCACACUUGUUGCGGUGCUCAAAAGCAACCAUGGGCGCUCAUCUAUCCUGAUCGAUGGUCGUUCGAGCCGCUGGUUGCAGCUAAUCAUGCCAGCCUAUCCAAGGCGCGGCUUGGGGCCAGACGGCGCUGAUCGCAGUAGGUACAUCACUCAGCGCAUCCACUUCAGCUUUCCCUGA